AUGCUGUUACUUUAUCAUAUGCUGGCUGGAGCCUUUCUUCAGUUCUUCUUCCUUUCUGGGAAACGGGUUUCAUCUGAGAACAUCAACUUUUAUAACGUGAAGCCUCCGCUAGACCCCACUCCGUUUCCAAACAGCUUUAAGUGCUUUACCUGUGAAAACGCAGUGGACAAUUACAACUGUAACAGAUGGGCUGAAGACCGAUGGUGUCCGGAAAGUACUCGGUACUGUUUGACCAUUCAUCUCUUCACAGACCAUGGCCAGAGUAUAUCAGUCACCAAAAAAUGUGCUACUGGAGAUGAAUGCCAUUUUGUAGGCUGUCACCAUCACAGGGAAAGCAGUUACAGAGAGUGCGUGUCGUGCUGCGAGGGUAUGAUCUGCAACGUGGAGAUCCCCACGAACCACAGCAACGCCGUGUUCGCGGCGCUGCCCGCGCGGAGGGCGUCCCGCGCGGGCAGGUGGACGGCGAGCGCCGCGCUGCUGGCGUCGCUGCUCCUGGUGACGCUGUCCUGA